CCCAGUCUGAGCUUCCCUCACUCACCCCGCAUCGCCCUCACUUUGACGUGACUUCCACGCGCUCUCUCUCUUCUCUCUCUUUUGGGGAGAUUGGCACUAACUAUAUGAUGUGCUACCGAGUUCCUGCACCGGGAAGAGCUGGCACCAAAGCCCACAGUGCAGUGGAACUACUAUUUCACACUCCUUCUCCACCCACCCACCCAUUCAUCUAGUUACUUAGUUAGAUCACCCACACUCCUGAUCAGACCGGAGGAUCUCCCCAUUCAAUCCAGGCAUGGACCUCGACACGCUGAGCCGGAUGUUCGUGGAGCACUACUACAACACGUUCGACACCAGCCGAGAGACGCUGGCGGUGUGGUACCAGGAGCAGUCCAUGCUCACCUUCGAGGGCAACAAGACGCAGGGCGCCGAGGCCAUCAGCGACAAGCUCAAUGCCUUGGGAUUCCAGCAGUGCAAGCACAACAUCUCCACUGUGGAUUGCCAGCUCUCGGGCCCGUCCGGAGGUGUGAUUGUGUUCGUGACUGGGAACCUGCAACUCCCCGAUGAAGAACACUUGCUCAAGUUCAGUCAGAUGUUCCACCUCAUUCCCACACUCGAAGGAAGCUUCUACAUCUUCAACGACAUGUUCCGCCUCAAUUACGCCUGAAGGAUUCGGUCAACAACGGUUCAGAUAGCUUGCUAGAAUCACAAAUAGAAACAUGAAUACUGUUUUGUUUACUCACAACUCUCAGAGACCUCAGAACAGCAACGUCUUUUAGCUAUCACAAAAAACUUGUUAGUCACAAACUCCCAGACGUUUUGCUUCCAUUCGAUGUCCUUCUCUUCGGCGUCUGGAUCAUCUGGAAGAUAUUGUUAAUUCCAGUUCCGCGAGGGACUGGAUGUGAUAUUUCUAAUUCAGGACAGUUAUAACCAGUAGUCUCUCGACGGUGCCGUUCAAUGGGAAAAACAUCCAUGAAAACUCUCAGUUGAAGUAUACAUGAAAGACCAUUAUUCUGAAA